AUGAAAUCAAAUUUGGUAAUAAUAUUUUUAAUACUAUUAUUAAGUUUUGAUUUUUCAAAAUGUAAUGAAAAUUUUAGUUGCAAGUAUAUGAAAGAUGGUUUGUUUUUAGCACCAACAUCAAUUUAUUCGAUUCAAACCGAUGCAAAAAAUGUAACUAAUCACAUUAUAACAAGAACUGAUAUUAAAAAUAAUUCUACAACCAUUCAAUUAUUUAAUUUUAAUUUUGUAAAUAAUGAAAAUAUUUUUGAAACAUUAAUGAAUAUUAUAAAUAGUGAAACUAUUUUAAUAAAUAAUUUUAAUAAAAGUAAUUUUGAAAAUGAUAUUUCAUUUAUUUCAUUAAACAAUAAUGAAAUAAAAAAAUUUAAUUUUUCAACAGAAUUUCAAGGAAAAAGAACGGGAAUUAAAGAUAUUUACAAUCCAAUAAUUAAUAUUAUAAAUGAGAAAAAUGAUAAAGAAUGUUUAGAAAAUUCAGUAAUUAAUUAUCAAAUAACAGGUUUUUUAGAUAUGAAUAAAGUAAUAGUAAUUGCAGAUUCAGAAAUAAUUCAAUUUGUUAAUUUAAAUAAAACAUUGCAAUUAAAUGACACAAUGACUUAUUUUGAUAAACUAUCCCAAGAUUAUUAUAUUGCAUCAUUAUCAACCAAUGAAAUUCUAAGGAUUGGUUUUUCAGGAAAUCAAAGUAAUUCUCAAUUAAUUAAAUUUACAAACAAUAAUAUAAUUGGUGUAUUUAAUAAAACAAUAUUCACAAGUUUUUACAAUACAACAUCAAAUCAAUAUUCAGUUUUCUCAAUCAAUUUAAUGAAUGAACAACAACCAUUAUCAUCAGAAUUAUUAUUAUUUCAAUUAAAUUUUAAUAUUUCAAAUAUUAUACCAAGUGAAAAUCCAGCUUUUAUUUUACUAUAUUCAGCAUCCAAUGAAAAGUUAAUAAUUUAUAAUAUUAAAAUGAACGUAACUCAACAAUUUGACCAAUUCACAUUAAACUUUAAAAAUAACAACAAUCAAACAACAGCAACAACAUUUUUAAUUCAUAGUUUAAUUGCAAGGGGUGGUAGUCAAAUUGAACCAUUAUCAACAACACCAGAUAAGACAAUUAAAAAUGAAGAAAAAGUUGUAAUUCCAAUCAUUGUAAUAUUCAUUGGUAUCUUGUUAGUUUUAGGUGUUGCAAUGACAAUUAAAAUUAUCUUAAAGAAAAGAAAUGAAAAAAAGAAUUUCAUUAAAUUGAAUGAAUCUGGUUUAUUAGUUGAUGAAAAUAAUAUUAAUCUUGAUUUCCCAAUUAAUACUACUGAUAAUCACAUUUAA